GGUCUUUACUUAAGCGUUUCCUCCUGCUGCCUGGGACUGAUGAUGUGAGGCGGAGCUAAGGUCGCAACGAUUUUCCCAGCAACGUGUGUGUGUGUGUGUGUGUGUUUUGUGAAAAGCACGUUGCUUUGGGGUAUCUUUCAUGUAGAGCGUCUCGGUAUAGCAGCUUAACACGUAGGAUAUAUUGCACAGGUUUUGUCUCUUGCCAGCAGAAACCAGGGACAUGGACUAGGGGAAGAACUAUGCCUCCCCGAGGGCACAAAAUUCUGGCUUUUAAUUGUGCAGACAGCUCACAAUUAAAGUGUUUGUUAGAUGUUUAAAAUGCGUGUCAACACCGCGGUGGCAUUUAUUUCCGGCCUGUUGUCUCCGCUGCUGCUGGAAUGCACCAUAACAUGUCAGAGGGGAAAUAAAAAUGAUUAUGUUGAGGGACACUGCCCUGUGAAAGUGACCUCAGUCCUGUCCAAGGAACUUAGGGGAACUUACUCUGAAUGUGUCACUGUCCGUGUUGGGAUAAAGGCUGAUGACUUCUGUAAGGACCCAGAGAUUGAAAUUCUCUCCACAAGUAGAGAGAUAAUUAGGCCUAUGAAAAAAAGGAAAUGCAAACAAAAGUGUGACAAUGAAAGAAACCGAUGCGAAAUAAGAGUGAAGUGUAUAAAGGGUGUCCCACGCAAUACCAGUUUUGAUGUGUGGGAGCUGGUGCAUGGUUGUGUCAACGCUGGAGCAGAUAGUGUUGUUACUGUUUCCUACAUUACCAAAUCAACAAGCUGCAACGUCAGUUAUACAGUACCAGAUCCCAUACCAGACUUUGACGUGUCUGUGAAUCAGUCGUCUAAAUCAAUCACUGUCACCGUGGAGCCCGGAGAGAAAGUCAACGCCAGAUGGUGUUACCAAGAAAAUGCAGUGGACUGCCGCAACUGGGCAGAUUCUCCCAAAAUUAUUGAUCCAUCUCAGUCUCGAUCAGCAGUUCUUAACAUCCCUUACCUGCUGCCGUGUGUGUGCGUGCAGGUAUAUUAUAACCAUGAAGAUGCCAGUCGACAUAAAAAGUGCCCAUUUCAAAAUAAAAGCCUUGCAGAUGUCAGAGAUGUUUGGCGCUCCUCCAGUGUCACACUUUAUGGCUCAAAGUUCUCUUUGCAUCCAGUGUGUCCUGCCAAUGACCUGAAGAUCUCUGCCUCCCUCUGCUGGAGGCAACACGAACUCCUCUGCACACCUGUGCUCAACUCUACACUGGAAGGUGGACCAAACUUGAUAUUUAACAUAUCUGAACUGGACACACACCCUCAGAUGUGUGUGCAGUUUUCUCUACAAGACAGCCAUAAUAUAUCUUGUCCCUUCCAGGCUGAUAUGUCAUCAUGGGAGGUGCAUGUUGGACCGGGCAGGAAGAGCAUGUUUUUGUAUCUCACCUCUUCUGUUCGAGCAAAGUUCUCCGCUCAACUUUGUCUCCUCAAUGAGAGGGAAUGUACACCUGUGGGCCAGGUCCACUCAGUAACAAUGGACAGUAAUACUAUAUCAAGGAUAAAUGUACCUCUUCACUUUCUUGCUGAGAAGCCGUGUGUGCAGGUGUGGCAGUCAGAUCCUGCUCUUCGUGGCAGAAGAAUUCUGUGCCCAGACUACACGCACAACAGAUGUGGCAUGUAUGCUGUGGCAUCUUUGAUAUUUGUGGUCAUUGUUUUGUUACUUGGAAUUUUCAUCCAUCGUCUCACCAAGAGUGGAGCUGCAGGUUGGCUCUGUAUCGAGAAGCCAGUAUUGCUGGUGUGCUCAUCAGAGGAGUCAGCCCAUGUCUCUGCUGUGUGUGCAUUAGCCUCAGUCCUCCAGGGGGAGCUGAGUGCCACAGUGCACAUGGCUUUGUGGGCCCAAAGCUCUCAAACAAAGGCUAGGACUGGAGUGGCAGACCUGGGUCCACUUCCCUGGCUGUACGGGCAGUGGGAAUCCGUGCGCAAGGCACAAGGAAAAGUAGUGAUAAUUUGGAGUGCUGAAGCCAAGAAGACCUAUGAGAAGUGGUGGGAAGAGAGGGCAAAUGUGGAUAAGAAUGUGAGAAAAAAGGAAGAUUGCAGUAAAGCAGAGAUGAGACAUGAAGAAAUAAGAGUAGAGAUGGCAGAGGAUCUGAAACUAAAUGGAAGAAGCCCAGGAAAUGGCAAAAAAGGGAAAAAAUAUUGUGUUGAAUUAUGUCAUGAUGAAGAGUGGUACCCCUCCAAUGAGCCUUCUGCAGUGAUAGCACCAGUGUUUACAGCUGCUCUGGCCUGCUUAGAGGGGGCGCUGCAGGGUUGCAAAGGUCAGGGAGUGGUCCUUGUUUACUUCCAGGGCCUUUGCCACAGCAGGGACAUCCCAAAGUCCUUCAGAGGUGUCCCUCGGUACUGCUUACCGCAGGAUUUCAGGGGUUUAAUACAGGAGCUGGGAGGGAUGAGAAGACAGACAAAGACUGGUAAAUUCAUGUGGCACUGCUGCCCCAGACUCCUGUCUAAAGUACUGUCAGUAUGGCUGGGACGGCAACUAGCCCAGAGACUAAAAACACUGCUGCCUCAGACAUGAGGACAGAGAAUGCAGAGAAUGCCCAGUGUCACAUCACCACUGAAAAUGAUGUCAGAUGAGACCCAGAGCAGGCUCAAGUUGCCACUGGCAGUCAAUAUGGCAAGGCCAGGAACUGUACAAGAGCAUGAGCCUCUCCACGGGUCACUAUGGAGAGCAGAGACACUUCAACCUUGGGUUUCAUGUGUCUGAUGGAGACAGACUUUUGUUCUGCUGGAAACACUAUACGUACAUAAGACACGGGAGCUGGUCUUCCAUUGUGACCACAUUGGAGCCAAUUACUCUGUGAGAAUUGUUCAUUACUUGGUGCCUUCGUGUCAGAAAAUGCCACCACUUGUUUUGCAUAUUAAGAAGAAAAAUAGUCUGUCCUGUCGCCUGCAUUUAGUCGUUAACAGAUUCUCUUUAUGGUGCUUUCGUGACUAAAGCCAUAGUCAACACCUGUUUUAUCUCUUCAAGGCUAACCGCUAUGAAAAACUGGUUGCAAAUGCAUUUAGUGUUGCGUGUACAGGUGACGCUGUUAACAGGGACGUACAAAUUUGCAUAGGAUUUUCUAAACAGAGACUUUGUGCCAAAGCUGCCCACAUGAUUUCCAGUCUUGGUGUGCAAAAGGUGAAGAAACUUGUGUGCUUGACUAUUUGGCAGUUAAUUCACGUGGACAUGUGUUUUACAUAGAGUGUGUGUGUGUGUGUGUGUGUGUGUGUGUGUGUGUGUGUAUAUAUAUAUAUAAUUAAAUAUUUGCACACAUACUACCUCCUAAAAAGAAAGUAGCCUAUUAAUCAGUCAAUGUCUUGUUGUUUUCCCCCCUCAGGCAUACUGCACAUUUUUUCAGCCCCUUGAAGAAAUAUUUGUUCAAUGUCUUAACUCAACUUACUCCAUAGUUUUAUCCUGCUUCAAUGAACAAUGUUGAGAUAUAAGCCUAACACCGUUGGUGUUCUGCAAUUUUGUACAGAAAAUAAUAAAGGAAAUGCUUAAA